AUGGAUGCUCAGUAUCCCUUUGCCUCACGCGACGAUAUCUGGCGCGUUUUUGAAGAGCUGAAGGAACUCCACGCGGCGCAGUUCGAACAGGCGGAACGGAUUGCAAGGCUAGAACGACGGAGAGACGAGGAUGCGAAGUUGAGAAGUGUCUGGGGUCCUUUAUCGCCAUUUCCUAAUUCCGUCGGAGGUACAGUUCCUACAGAGCCUGUCUUCCAUACUCCAUCCGACGCUUUCAAGGGAUUUGACCAGGGCCAGCACCACGGCGUGGUGACCACCAUGGGACUCGAUAGCGAAGACGAGCCAAGGCGAGGGACAUCUAGAGCAAAUAGCGUUCGAUUUGAUGAAAGUGCCAUCCACGGAUACUACGGACAAACUAGCCGCUCUAGCAGUGAGCUUCCGAUGAGGACCGGAAGCGGCAUGGGAAGCCAUCCGCUGACUGAACGGUCUCUGUCGCAUCGGUCCGAUGGGAGACAGAGUUCCUCAGGUUAUUCCCAUCACUCCGCUAGGACGAAUAGUUUGGGACUGGAGACGACUAGCAGAAUGGUGAGCUCUUCUGUGUGUGGCUCCCCUUUGGUCCCUCCCCCCGGCCUGUUCCUCCUGGGACCUGUUCCAUGUAUCAUUCGCUGCUGGUUGACAACAAACUUUUCUAAUGACUCGCUCCUGUAUGCCGCCGUUUGUUCUGGCUCUUAUAUAUCGUCAUUGGGAGCUCCGAUGGUCCGGAAGUUUGGCCUCGAGGAUUUAGUCUUGCAGGAAGAUGACCUGCAUUACAUCAAAUUGCCGAUGUAUCUGCCGGAAGCUAGUGUUCAUCAAGCUUCUUCGCGGUCUAGUAGCCCAGUACCCCAACUUCCCACUCUUACCAUACGGUUUCUCGUUCGUGACGUCGAUCCCCGUGACCCUUCUGUUCAAAUCGUCAUUGGAAGCGAUGUUCUCCGCUCUCACAAUGCUGACGUGUUAUUCUCACAAGACAAGAUCAUUAUGGUGGAUGAUGAAAGAAACAAGGUAUCGAUUCCACUGGUUCGUCCGGAAGAUGAUUCGGUCUUCAGGUCUCUACGCACUGUGUCAGAUACCUCUCGUUCUGGGGGUACGGAAGCUCCGUCUCAGACUCAUGAUCAGCCCGAUACCAAUGGCCACACAGCCGUCGGUGUUAUCGGCCGACCGAGCAGUCUCUCGCAGCCCAGAUCCGCGCCUGAAUCCGUUGGGGAUUCUAUUGAGGAACCCGAGGAGAGUCGAAAGGCUCAUUCUUUGGAGGUCUACGAACCGUCUCGGAACGCAGAGCAUUCCCAGAUCCCGAAUAAACCAACCAUGGCACCUGACUCCCAGACCGCAGGAUCAGUGAAGACGGAACCUUCUGGAGUUUGGGGCUCGUGGAAACGUGAGAUCAAGCUUGACCCUAAUGCGUCGGCGGCGGGGAAAGCUCCGGCUCGUCCCAUGAAGGUCUUGCGGCCUACCAAAUUCUCCUCUCGCACUCCACCUGUAGCCGGUGCACCGAGAAGUUCCAGUACUGAGCCCGCGGCGUCCUCCCGGCCAGCUUCGUCUCGAGCGUCCCCCGAUGAGUCGCGCACCGGUAAACAAUGGGGGUCCAAUCCGGUUGGAGGAGCCUCUGCAUUUGGGUGGCUGAACUCAUCCCAGUCGCCCACUCGGGCUGUGACGAAUCCUAAAUGA